AUGUUUCGCAACAUAGGGUGGCACGGCUUGUUGAGGGUCCAUGAAUUGAGUUAUAAAAUCCCAACAGCUGAGUUUCUAUCCUCAGUUUAUUUAGACCAUGGGAUCCUCUACUUUCGUCUAGUGAAUCAAGACUAUGAGAUCUCUUUGGAUCAAAUCAAUGCCAUUGUGGGGGCCCUAACGGAAAACACAUUUGGCCCCACUGACCCAAUUCAAGGAUACUUUGACAUGACAUGGUGGACCCAGCUCAUCCAAUUACACCCAUAUGUCUCUAGCGCUGCUAAAGCCUCAUCACUUAUCCAUCGUAUGAUUAAGGUAGCCCAUAGAAUCAUUGUUUCGCUCGUCGCCCCUAGAGAGGAGUGA